CACCUGUGUUCCGAUAAUCUUUGAUUAUUUUUAAGGAUUAGUUUCUUUCUUUUUUUUUCUUUUUUGAAAGAAACUAUUUAGAGAGCAAACUCUAAACAAACAAUUUCCUUAAAAUAAACUUUGGAAAGUUUUGUGUGGUCAAGAAUAAGGUUGUCUGAAGCACUUCACUGACCCAUAGUUCACCCACAGCUGCUUAAGUCAUCGCCAUGUCUGAGGAGGAGCAGACAGUAGAGGCAGGAGGGGAAGAAGAAAAGACUGUAGCUGCAGAAGAUGCAGGACAAUCGUCAGAGAGCCAGGACACUGGAGCCUCAGUGCCUGUAGAUGCAAAUGAAGCGAAAAGAGCUAUGGAGGAGGCUAAAAAAGCCCGUCAGGAGAAGCAAGCCGCUGAGCUGGCUGAGUACGAGGAAAUGAGGAAAUCAGAGAAGGUCAAAGAGGAAGAGGAGAUACGAUCUCUGAGGGAGAAAAGAAUCCAGCGACAAAAGGAACGAGUGGAGGAAGAGAAACGGUUGACUGAGCUCAGAGCUCAAGAAGACGCCAGAAGGAAGGCUGAGGAGGAAGAGAGAAGGAGGAAGAAACAGGAGGAAGAGAACAAGGUCAAGGAUGAACGCGAGAGGAAGAAGAGAGAAGCUGAGGAGAGGUUGAAACCCAAGGGACGCAACUUCAAAAUUUCAAAGAAGAGCGACUCUGAAAAGGGCGGACCCGAGCUGGACACGAUCAUGACCAAGGAAGAGUUACAAAAAUCCAAGGAGCAAUUGGAGGAAGAGAAACGGGCUAUUCUUGCUCAGCGCAUCCAACCACUGGUCAUCGAUGGUCUGGCCUCUGAUAAGCUGAUAGAAAAAGCCAAAGAGCUCAAUGACCACAUCAAGCGUCUGGAGGGAGACAAGUACGACCUGGAGCAACGCUUCAAGAGACAGCAGUACGACAUGAUCGAGCUGGCUGAGCGUGCCAGGCAAAUGAACAAGGGAAAAGCCAAGCGUGGCGUCACCACAGUCCAGGUGGAUGAAUCAUUUGACCGUUUGGCCGAUAAGUUUACCAGUGCUCCCCCUAAGAUUCAACUCUGCAGUAAGUACGAAAGACACACUGACCACCGAUCUUACAAGGAGAGGAUGGUGCUUUUCGAGGACCUUGCCAAGGAGCCCCCACCCCCUGAACUCAUUAGAGUGAGCAAGACCGUAUCACAAUCCCCAGGAGCAGAGACUGCAGAGUAGACGUUCGAAUCUUGUCCUUAAUGUCAUUAGGGUGGAUUGAUUUUGAUUUUUUUUUCUUGACAUCGGACAAAAUUUUGUGUUAGAACUCUCAAAACUUUAAGAUCUGGACUAGAAGAACACUAAAUAGACUUUGAAUCAAACACCAAACUCUCAGAGAACAUCCAUGACUUGGAAAGCCAAAGCAGGAUUCCUUCCGCAGAAAAAAUUACCAAAGGAAAACUUUGUACUCAUCACAUCCCAACUUGAAAUCUUGCGCGAUGAAAAAUGUACAUACUAUUGUCAUGCUUCUUAAUUCUUAAGUGAAUGUAUCGGGUCUAGCUUGUAUCCACAUUUUGAUACCCAACUCUGAUGAUAUAUUCAAUGCAUAUCAACAUAUAAAGAGUCAUGAAUGUAAUAAAUACAUUUUAUAAAAACUAAUUAGGUAUUAAAUUUUGUAGGAAUUAUUACUCAAUGACGUGAUACUUUUUGUUGAAUGUAUCAUUUAUGAUGUAACCCUUGUAAGAACCUGCAAUGUUCACAUUUAAAAAAAAACAAUAUUCAACAGUUAAAAACAAGGAAAUAUUUGUUUCGUUUUUUUGUGUAAAUAUGCAAACAUUUAAUUUCCUUUGAUUUUUAACCUGUCACUUAUCUACAUUUUUUUUUUGCCCUUUCCUAGAGCUGUACGUGUUUUUGUUGUUUCUUUAGAGGAGAGCUCGUGGACUAGACUUAUGUGCAAUAUGGGACAGCGUAGCGGUCACUUUUUCAGUGUAUUUCAAUCGACUAGUGGUCUCUGCUGAUUCACAACUGAAUCUUUUAAGUUGAUUUUUGAGAGUUAUUACAACGGCGUCGCCUGGCAACUUUAUUACCUCUCUUUCCUCAAUAACAUCUUACAUAAUUUUGAUUCAUAUGCCAACUCCGAGAUAACACCACCUUUAAAGGAAAACAACUGCAGCCAAUCUAGCCACGUUACCACCUCAGAUGAACAAAGUUGUCAAGCUUCACCUAAAAAUAACACUCAAGGAUUUCAGCUUUCACACAUGGAUUUGUGUAGAAUUUUGGGAUCAUGCAUUGCUAUUAUGCUGAAGACACGAAGCAAUCAAUGUCACUGAUGACAUGCUGUGAAGCCUCAUAAGGAUGACAUUAAUGAGGCUUCUAAGAUCAAAUCGAAAUAUUACUGAAUUGUUGGCCUACUACGUUACGUCAUGUAAUUUAUAUAUUUGUUACAUUCUUUUUGUGGUAUUUUAUUUGUCUGAAUGACCUGAAUGACCCAACUGUUCAGAGAAACAUUAAGUAGAUCUUUAUAUUUUGUAGUGGAUUUCAGAAUUAAACUUUGCGAAACAUUAAAGUAUCUUCUCUGAGGAAAAUAUAACAACA